AUGUUCAAGGAUGUCAAAGCUCAUGUCAGUUCCUGUCAUGAAUGCCAAAUCAGGAGUACUCAAAAAGUCGAGAUACCCUUGACCAUUUCUACACCCGCCACAAUAUUCACCAAACUAUAUGUGGAUGUCAUGCUUAUGCCGAAAGCAAAAGGAUAUUGCUAUAUUGUUGCCGCUCGGGAUGACUUAACCCAAGCAGCCGAGGGAAGAGCCCUGCGAAAAAGCAAUGCAGACUCUCUCGCAAAAUUUUUCUCAGAAGAAAUAAUAUGCCGAUAUGGGCAUAUAGCUGAAGUUGUAACCGACAAUGGAGAAGGGAUAGUCAAAGCCUGCGAAGGAGGUAUAUCCCAAUGGCCUAGUAAAGUUCACCAUGCCUUUUUCGCCGACAAAGUUACUAUGCAACGAGCAAGUGGGUUUAGCCCAUUCUGGCUACUACACGGUGUAGACCCCAUCCUCCCAUUCAACUUAGUGGAAGCAAAUUUUCUGGUAGAAGGAUUCAAGUCCAGAAUGGCAUCCGAAGAUCUCUUAGCCUUGCGGAUCAGGCAGUUAGAGAAGCACCCUGAGGACAUCAGAGCUGCAGCAGAAACCUUAGCCAAGAAUCAAUGGAGCGCGAAGCUUCAAUUUGAGAAGCGGUUCAAGCGUAGGUUCCUGAAAAAGUCUACUUGGGAACCUGGAGACCUAGUUCUGGUCCGGGACAUUGAAAGAGAGCACUCCUAUGAUCGGAAGCACACUCCCAGAUACAGGGGACCAUACAAAAUUACAGGCCAAACCAAGCACGGAUCAUAUAUAUUGAGUGUAUUGGAUGGUACACUGAGUCGUCGCGGAAUUCAUGGAUACAGACUGCUGCCAUACAUAAGCAGGCAGCAGGCUGUAGAGGCAUUGCGGAGAGCAGACAAAGAAAUCCCCUCAGAUGAAUCUGAUCAAUCUGAGAUGGAAGGAUCAGGAAUGGAGGAAUGA